CAAGCUGAUGUAAGUCUUUUGAAACGGGAACUGCACGGAGCAAGGAAAGAUAGGUAGUGAGUGAGUGGUGAAUUCAGACCAACAAAACUUGCAGUUAAUACUUACAAGCAAAACAAUCAUGUCUGGAGACGAGAUGAUUUUUGACCCCAACAUGACCAAGAAGAAGAAGAAGAAGAAGAAGCCCUUCAUGCUGGAUGAGGAGGGGGGAGAGAUGCCCAGUGAGGACACCCAGCCAGCUGAGGCCAAGGAGGCCGAGCCCGAGGCAGUGGAGGAGGAUUUCGAUGCAGACGAGGAUGACAGCAGAAAGAAAGAAGCAUCGUAUGAUCUGGAUGACUUGAUCUUUUUCAAUCAGAAGAAGAAGAAGAAGAAAAGUAAAAAGAUAUUUGACGAUGAAGGAGAGCAAAGCUUGGUGGUCGGUGUGAUGGAUAUUAAAAUCGAGGGAGAGCAGACGGAAGCUGUAGAUGAUGAUAAUGACCUUGACUUGAUGCUGCCCGACAAGAAGAGGAAACCCAGGAAAGUUGUGUUUCAAGACGAGGGUGAAACGCAGGACAGAGAAGCACUGGAUGAUGAUGAAGAAGGGAAGAAUAACGAUGGCAUCACGUUCGUUUCUCAGUCUGGACCUGCCUGGGCUGGCACCGAGCGAGACUACACCUAUGAUGAGCUAUUGUAUCGAGUGUUUAAUAUCAUGAGAGAAAAAAACCCGGACAUGGUCGCAGGAGAAAAGAGGAAGUUCGUCAUGAAACCACCCCAGGUGGUCAGAGUGGGAACUAAGAAAACUUCAUUCGUCAACUUCACAGAUAUCUGCAAACUGUUACAUCGUCAGCCGAAGCAUCUCCUGGCGUUUUUAUUGGCUGAGUUGGGUACAAGUGGCUCUAUAGACGGCAACAACCAGCUUGUCAUCAAGGGAAGGUUCCAACAGAAACAGAUCGAGAACGUCUUGAGAAGAUACAUCAAGGAGUAUGUGACCUGCCACACUUGCCGGUCUCCAGAUACCAUCCUGCAGAAAGACACCCGUCUGUAUUUCCUGCAGUGCGAGACGUGCCACUCGCGCUGCUCUGUGGCCAGCAUCAAGACUGGCUUCCAGGCUGUCACGGGCAAGAGAGCUCAGCUCCGCGCCAAGGCCAACUAGCCCUCUAACGAACUGGAUCCCUUCAUCAUGUGAGGGGGUGGCAAAGGCACAGGAGUGACCAGGGUGGACUAUUUUACAAACUGUGGGUGGGUUUUAAGCAGCUUAAAGAGCAUGGCAACUGACAAAGGCAAGCAGAUUCAAGGAUUGUGGCUUAUUCUGUGAAGUGCUCCCCAUAGUUCAUUGUGUUAUUUCAUCAUCAUCUUUCCAUCCUGCUUGCAAGGAGUUUUUUUUUUUUUUUUUUUAAUUGGGUGAACUUGAAUUAUAAUACCUAGCAUUCUUUUUUUUCUUACUUGCCUAUUACCCCUAAUAAAACUGAGAAAAAACAACA